UUAAAAUUUGUUAGCAACUUCCGGCGCCAUGGCCAGCAAAGAUGAGCCGACGAAGCCCGAAAUAAAGAGGAAAAGAACAAUAAGAAAGGAGCCCACGUCAUUGGCAGCGUCAGGAGAUAGCAAGAGGAUAAAAACUGACGUUACUGUCAAGGAAAGCAAGAGUGGUCUUUUCUAUGCUGAAGAGGAGGAGGUUGAUAGCCAUGACCCCCAGAAUGACCUUACAACCUUCGGCAAAACAUGUGAAGAAAUAAGAACAGCAAUGACUGAGAUAAGGAAACUAAAGGAAAAAAAGGGCAAAGACAAUUCUGAAGAAAUUGAAGAAAAGAAGAUAAAUGCUACGCUUCAAUUUGUUGUCCUGAAAAAACUGAACCGCUUGGCUCAUGUGCGAUGUAAGAAAGUACGGGAUGCUACCAGUGAGGCCAAACAGAGGAUAGACCAAUAUCAUCUACAGCUGCAGAACCUGCUAUACGAGACCAUGCACCUAGAGAAGGAGAUCACACGCUGUCUAGAAUUCAAAUCUAAAGAUGAGGAAAUAGAGCUUGUGUCAACCACUGAAUUUUAUAAAGAGGCACCUAAAGACAUAUCCCGUCCAGAGGUGACCCAGUCGGACAGCCACCAGAGGACUCUAGCCAGACUUGACUGGGAACUGGAACAGAGGAAAGGUCUGGACCAGAAGCUGAAGGAGGCCAAGGACAACAAGGAAAAGCUGGAACAGGAAAUAAAGACAAAACAGGAAUACUUGGAAAAUCUACAGCCGAAGCUCAACACAAUAUUACAGUCCACUAAGCCAGUACAGGAGUACCUUGGGAUGCCUUUUGACCAGAUUAGAGAGCAGCAUCAGACAGCAUGUCACCUGCCACACCCCCUGUACGUCCUGUAUAUGCAGUCCAGUGCCUACAAACAGGCCUGUGACAAACAUCUAGAGGUCAGGAUCGACGGCGAUUUACAAGCCGCUAAGUCCAUAAAGAGCUCAGUAACAGAGAUUGAUGAAGAUAGUGAUAGUGAUCAGGAGGACCAAGAAAAGCCAUCAUCUAAACGACGCAGAAAAACCAGCGAUAGCCGUGUAUCAGACCGAAAGAACCGUGCCCUACAACGCCAUCCCCUUUCCGUUGUCAUGGAAAUAAAGUGUCGAGAUGGAGGUUGCCUCCACCUCACAUUCCACUACCAAAUGUCAUUAGAGAUCAUCACGGUUAACACCAAGUUCCAGUCUGGCCCUGACAAUGUGACAGCAUCCAUCAGUGGCGGUGACCUACUAUCAGCAGAGUCGGUUCUUAAUGACAUCUAUCCAGGUGACCAUGGAAACACAACACCCAACCCAGCCAAUCAGUAUGAGCUUCGCAGACUGGGAUUGAGAGACUUCACUUACUAUAUUCCUGAGCUGGGUCGUCCAUACCUUUGGGCCCAGUGGCUGGGUGGUCUACAGUUCCUUGACCAUGAUAGCCCCCUCAAGGCUCAGAGCUCUAUCUCAUCAGCUCACAUGCAGCAGACUGUAAGACUGCUUCGCCGCAGGAUCAGAUCAAGGACGUCUCUGUUGCAACAGCUCGCAUCAUUAGAGCGCGGAUCCGUACAAGUGAUAAGAGAAUACCUCCCAUUGUUUCCUGCAAAAAUGGUCGCACACCUGGUAUCAUGGAAGCGGUCAACAUAUGAAGACUUCAGUGUGUUGCCCCAUUCCCGUCCUGCCAUCACAGCCGGCCUGGCAGGCGAGUCAGAUCUGUAUUUUACAGCCAUAGUGGAGAGAUGUUCAGCAAAGAUGACAGUCCAGGUGGUUCUCACAGCUAACUACCCAGAGGUGGUUCCUUGGUUUGUUGUCAGUGUUCACUGGCAGACCAAUAGGACAGCCCUCAACGACUCACAUAUACAGGCAAUGGAGGAAGAGGUCAAUCUGCAUUACCACGAAUUGAUGAAAGAAAAAUCACAUGACCAGAUUCUAUCCAAUCAAAUGCAACGUUUAAUGAUGUGUUUUGAUAUCUAUCUGGAGACUGAGGCUCAAAACAUGGAAAGUGAGGGUCCCAUGGAGAUCUCCAAGGAAAAGGUGUUUACUAGAGUUACCAGGGGACCAAACCGUACUAAGCCCUACAUGUUCAGUCCAGAAGUGGGAAUAUUCACUCACCGCUAAACCAAAGACUGACGUGUGUAAUUGGAUAAAGGACUGAAACACUGAGGCUAACUGACUUGUAACAGUCUCUUCAUUAUCAUCCUACUGGAAAACUUGGCUGAACAGAACACUGACAUAUUAACACUGAGGCUUACUGACUUGUAACAGUCUCUUCAUUAUCAUCCUACUGAAAAACUUGGCUGAACAGAACACUGAUAUAUUAACACUGAGGCUUACUGACUUGUAACAGUCUCUUCAUUAUCAUCCUACUGGAAAACUUGGCUGAACAGAACACCCUAUGGACCAGACUUUUCUUUUAAAACUACAGCAGGCUUUUGGAUUUUGUUUUACAUAUAAAUAUGUAAGAUGGGAGUUAUGUUAAGGUCUGAUUAUCCUGUCCAGCUGUCAUUUUAGACAGGUUACAUUAUAGUAGAAUGAUAUUAAAAUGAUCAGUUGCAAACA